GUGCGGCGCGGCGUGGCACAGCACGGCACGGCACGGCGCGGGCGGCGGAGCCAUGCCGUUCCUGGAGCUGGAGACGAGCCUGGCGGCCGGCCAGCUGCCGCCGGGGCUGGCCACGAAGCUGUGCAGCGCCGCCGCCGCCAUCCUGGGCAAGCCCGAGGAGCGGGUGACGGUGACGGUGCGGGCCGGGCUGCCCAUGGUGCUGGCGGGCUCGGCGGAGCCCUGCGCCCAGCUCCUCGUCUCCUCCGUCGGCGUGCUGGGCUCGGCGGAGCAGAACCGCGCCCACAGCGCCCGCUUCUUCGACUUCCUCGCGGCCGAGCUGGGCCUGGGCGCCGAGCGGAUUCUCAUCCGCUUUUACCCACUGGAGCCCUGGCAGAUUGGCAAGAACAGAACUGUCAUGACUUUCCUGUGAUUCUGCGAGCCGCCCAUUGGGACAAAGCUCUGGCACAGACACAACCCAGAGAUGACCAGCUCCAUCCUCAUGUUUCUUCUUAUGAUGCUAUCUGAGUAAUUUUGCACCUUCACCCCUGUGAUUCUCUUCUAGCUUUGCUUCCUGUGCAUACACAGUUGAAGAGUGGGGCAAUCAGCCAUACAGAUUUUACUAAAACAGUUCAAAGUCUUUGUCUCAAGCCAGUCUUGUAGCCCAGAGGCUCUCCAGCUGCCUGUGACUAAGACCCUGGUUUUGCCUUUAGCAGUCUGGUGAUGGCCAUACUUACAUAAGCCUCAUCAAAGUUCUCUUGUCAUCACAUGUAGCAGUGAAAAGUUUAUUUAAUUCCAUAACACAUUUGGCUUUAGAGGACCACAGAAGUACUCAGGUUUGUCCAGAUUUCUCCACACUUUGCAAGGGAGAAGAAUCCUUCUCUCUGGUUCUCUGAACCAGCAAAAGGGUCUCAGGCUGGCUAAGAAGACCAGAGAGUAUUCCUUCAAAUUCUUCUAUUUUCAGGUUCCCCAAAGUCCUUUCCUGAAAGAGGUGAUUAUAUUGAGGGAGGGAAGUCUAUGCAUUUAUACAAUGGCUUAUUUAAGCCAUCCCGUCAGAUCCUGUGCUCGGUGCUUUACCAUUGCCAGCCUGCAUGACUGCUUCUACAAAGUUUUAUUUGUCGACAAGAUUUUUGUGGUUGAAUGUUUGUGUGCUGGUGGCAGUAUGUAGUGGAGGGAGUUUAUGCAGUGGUUCAAAGUACUUUUUCUCACCGCACUGUUACAGGAGGUGUUGACAAAGUAUAACAUCUGACUGUGUUCUGUGGCUGACAUUUUCAGCUUGCUGUCCUCAGCACCAGGAGGUGCCCAGGAACUACAUUUAGUUUUGCACAGCUAACAUACUACCCUGACAGUGCUGUGCCUAUUCACCCAACACCUUACCAUUUCUAUUGUAGUAUCUUACCACUUCUAUUGUAGUAUACCUCACCCUGAAGAGAAGUGGUUUGAUUUUUAGGACCCUUUUGCUUUGUCACUUUAUAAUUGGAUAUACAUGAGAUUUUAUUAAAAUAAAAACACAAUACCUUUCAUUUA